AUGGGUGACGAAAAUUCACCGCAUUGCCCUCGUAAUCUUCAGAAUCUGGGUGAAUCAUAUAAGCAUGAUUCUUUGAAGAUCGUCAUGUACAGAAAAGACGAAUCAGAAGAAUACAGGCAAACGGGGAAAGCUGUAUGCGUCGAAUGCAUGCAACUCUUAACUGUUCAAGAUGGGAGCCACGUAAACAGACACGUCAAAGAAAGAUGCAAAAAGAGAAAACUAGUGGCAACGACCGGAGAAGAUGAAUACAACGAAAAAAAGUUGUCAGCCGCUCUGAUUUCUAAACUGACUGAUGCCAGUGCAAAGUUUUGUCUGAGAAGUGGAAAGGCAUUCAACUUUUGCACAUCUCAAUCUGUGAACAACUACACGUUAGACGUGCUAAAUGCAGUUAGUUCUGGAUAUGGGCUCGAUUGUCUCAAGCAACUACCUACCCGAACUACAAUUCAAAAAUAUACUGAAGAAUUAGCAAAAGAUUUAGUGUUGAAAGCAUUCAAUACCGUCAGACCGUUUGCUGGAAAUCGGUUGAAUCUUAUUCUGGACCAUGGAAAGUUAAUCAAUAAUUACCUGAGUGUAAUGGGAUCGUAUACUGAUGAAGAAUUUAAGCUCAUGGUUGUCCCACUUGGAUUCACUCCAGCACUUGACGGGAAGAGCACUUUAGAGACAAAAAAUCUCAUCGUGAAAAGAUUCGAAGAGUUUGAUAUUCCUGAAGAACUUGUAUUAUCAUCUUCUGUGACUGCAGACGGUGCCCUUUCUGGUUUAUCGAAUUAUUUCAAAGGAUAUAUUCGAUGUGUUUCACACUCUUUGAAUCUUGUGGCUCAUCGAGCAGUUGUGCCAUUGGAUAUUCACAAGAAUCGAAUGACCACAGAAGAAUUAUCCACACUUGCCGCAGUUUCAGAUCUCAUGAAAAACGCUCAAAAAGUCUCAAACGCUAUCCGUACGAAUGUGAAUUUAUGUAGUAGACUAUCAAUACUGCCAGUGUUAUGCGUUGAGACCCGUUGGAUCAUCGGAAUUAAAUGUUUAACUGACGUCGUUGAACUGUCGGAGGAGAUUCAGGCGAACUUUUCUGCCCUAUCGUCUAUUGGCAAACAAGCGUUCUCUGCUCUGAAUUUGGAUAAUUUCAAAUUUGCUAAAACUGUCGUGAAAUUUUUUGAAGAAAUCGAGUUGUAUACUAACGUUUUUCAAAGUCAAAAAUCAGUCACAAUGCAUCUUGUUCUUCCGACUUAUAAAAGGCUACGUGCUCGAUGGGAAAAAUUUCGAAAUUUCGAUUUCAACGAUUUGAAAGAUAGUGAUAUUGACAAUAAUGCGAAAAGAGCGAUCGUCAACAUGAUACCAAAAGAAGCAACUCCUGUUCGUGUCUUGGAGCCGACUGCAAAACGGGAUGGUAUUGAUUCACUCUACAAGCUUGUUAGUGAUUCGCCGGAGGAACAAACCGAAUUCGAUGAAUUCACUCAAUAUCUAUCAGAAUUUGUGAAUUAUGGCUCAACGGAGACCGUCGAAGAGUAUUGGCGUAAGAAAAGAAACGAAUUUCCACUCCUAUUUGAAGUCGCAACACGAGUCUUUUCAAUCGUACCAUCGGAAGCCGUGUGCGAAACGGCUUUUAACACGGCUUCCUAUCUCUUGGAUAAGCGCCGAUCUCGGUUAGGCAGCAAGAAAGCAGAACUUGUAGUUCUCGGAUCGCAAAUCGCUACUAAAUUUCCUGAGUGGAUAUAA